AGACCAGAUCAUUACGCUAAUGCCAAAUAAAGGGUUAUGAAAUUACCCAUACAUACUAGAUACAUUACCAUUAGAAGGCCAUUCCAAGUUAUAAGCAAGUCAAUAUCCAUAUCUAGCAAACCAACUUCAAACCAAUCUUACUUUCCAAAUCUUACUUUUGAAGAACCCAAUAUACACACCCUCAAUAUGACUUCACCCCCUCCUACAUUCGUUACCAAGGUCCUCAAGGUAAAACCAGAAUCUAUUUCUUUCAAACCAGGAAACUUACUUCCAACCAUAACCGACCGAAAAACGCAAGAGAAUUUAAAUCUUGCUGCACAUGAAUUAACCACUACCAAUAAUGCCAUUGGAUUCCCUACAGAAACAGUUUAUGGAUUGGCUGGAUCAGCCCUUGAUGACGAGUCAGUAAAAUCUAUAUAUCGUGCCAAGAAUAGACCUAGCGAUAACCCUUUAAUUGUGCACAUCUCCAGUCGAGAUCAAUUAUCCCGAAAAUUAAACUGUCAAGAGAUUCCGUCAAUCUAUCACAAGUUAAUUGAUGAAUUCUGGCCCGGUCCUUUAACCAUCUUAUUACCAGUUGAUGAGAAGACUAACAUUUCAAACUUGGUUACCGCCAAUCAAAACACAUUUGCAGUCAGAAUGCCAAGUCACCCUGUAGCUCGAGCCUUGAUUGCCAUUAGCGAUACUCCUAUAGCCGCACCUUCGGCUAAUGCCAGCACUCGUCCCAGCCCAACCAUGGCAGAACACGUGUAUCAUGAUUUACAAGGAAGAAUUCCAUUAGUGUUGGAUGGUGGCAAUUGUAAAGUGGGAGUAGAAUCUACUGUGAUUGACGGGUUAUGCAAUCCACCUAUGUUAUUAAGACCAGGUGGGGUAUCGUUAGAACAGAUUAAACAAGUUGGAGGUAAGGAGUGGGAGAAUAUUAUAAGAGCAAAGAAGACUGCUGGUAAGAAUGAAGUUGUGAGAACACCAGGAAUGAAGUAUCGUCAUUAUUCCCCUACCGCAAAAGUAGUGUUAUUUGUCAAUUGUCAAGAUGGCAACACUGCUAUUAGCAAAUACAUAACUAAACAUCAAUUACAAGGAAAGAAGAUUGCAUUAUUAAGAUCAAAAUAUUUUGAAAUUAACGAGAACGAGCUUGGAAUACGCGUAGUUCGUGAUUUAGGAACCAAAGCAAGCGAUGUGUCAUUUAAUUUAUUCAAAUUGUUACGAGAAGUAGACGAAUUGAAUGUUGAUGUGAUUUUAGUCGAGGGUAUAGAGGAAGAUAACGAGGGACUUGCGGUGAUGAACCGGUUGAGUAAAGCAGCAGUUGAAACUAUUGACGGGGAAAAUAUGUAAAUAGUUUUAUAGAGUCAUAAUACAAGUCAUUAAUAAGCCAUGG